UGGGAACCCUGUUCGCACAGACUGCCGGACUGCGUCGAGCAUGCGCAUAGCGUGAAGUGAAGGCAGCAAUAUGAAUCCUCUGACCAAAGUGAAGCUGAUCAACGAGCUGAACAAACGUGAAGCUGAGCUGGGCGUGCAAGAGAAGGUCUCCUGGCAUGCUGAGUACAGUGACAGCGCGUGGGUGUUUUUGGGAGGUUUACCAUACGAGUUGACCGAAGGAGACAUUAUCUGCGUGUUUUCACAGUAUGGGGAAAUUGUGAAUAUCAACCUGGUGCGCGAUAAGACGACGGGAAAAUCCAAAGGUUUCUGCUUCAUUUGCUAUGAAGAUCAGCGAAGCACCAUUCUUGCUGUGGACAAUUUUAAUGGGAUAAAGAUUAAAGGAAGGACAAUUCGUGUGGACCAUGUGGCUAAUUAUCGCCCUCCCAAAGAUUCUGAGGAUAUUGAUGAUAUAACCAAAACGCUCCGGGAAAAAGGAUGUGGCAUUAAGACGCCUCCUCCCAGCUCACCUGAAUCCUCAGAAGAUGAAAAGGUGGAAGUAAAGAAGCACAAAAAAGAGAAAAGCAAGAAGAAGAAGAAAGAAAAGAAGGAACAUCGGAAACGUGUGAAAGAGGAGCCACCUGUCAAUGCACCACCUGCUAAAGCCAAAAUCAAAGUGGAGAAGGAAGAUCCAGGCUACGAACGGUACGCUAGUGCAAGUCAGCAAACAUUGAGCUCAGCUGGCCACAAACAUGGCAGCCGGACAGAGCAAGAACAAGGACUCAAGUACGAGCGAGUGAGAGAGAGGUCCCGAGAGAGGGACACAGGAAGGGACCGGCAGGAUAAAAGAGAAAGGUCUCGAGAGAAGGGCAGAGAGAGGCACUGGCAUGAUCAGAGAGACGAAUCUCAAGAGAAGGGGAAAGAGAGAGGCUGGCUGGAUCAGAGAGAGGGAUCUCGAGAGAGGGGCCGGCAGGAUCAGAGAGAGAGGUCUCGAGAGAGGGGCGCAGAGUGGGGCUGGCAGAAUCAUCGAUCAUCUCAUGGUGGUCGCAAUGAGGAGAAGCAUAAGAAGGUGGAUGACAGAGUGAGAGUAGCAGAAAGCAGGAGAUCCCAAGAGCGGUGGGAGAACAGUGACAAGUCAUCCAGGGAGAAGGAGUCUUCCAGAUACUACUGACCUUUUUGAUCCAGCUUGCAAGUGGAAAGAGACAUCGGGGGAUGGUGGAGCUACUGCAGCACUAGCUCAGUGAAAUGAAGGCUAGAGCCCUGGCUACUGGCAGAUAUCCUGAAUGGGGAUUGACUGCUACUCUGUGCUCCUCUGAGUGGCAGAAAAAGGCCCAAGGACUGAAUCUUGCUGGUUCAUUUGCCUGGACAUAGCAUAUAUGCUGGGGACUAUCUUUACUUUGGCCAGAAUGGUGUGGCUCAGUAUCUUGUAAAAAAUAUGUCCUGUGCAAGCCAAGAUUGAAUAAAAGUGCUUUGAACAGUU